AUGCUCUUUUAUCGAACACUGAAAGGCAAAACCAUUAAAUAUCGAAGACAAGGAACAAAAGUGUGCACGGCAGUCUCAAGUCAUUCUUCCAGUAAGCUAUCUCAGAUGAAAGGUAAAAAAUGCUGUCCAGUUUACCUUGGUGGGAGCUCUUUUGCAUGUGGAAUAGGCACAAAUAUUUCUCAGAGGACUUGUGACCAGCUGAGAUGUACCUCUUGUGACUUCAAAAUAUCCACAUACAAUGACUAUGAAUGGGACACAUCCUGUGAUUACUUAUUUUUCAGAAAUAACAUGCCUGACUUCAGCAAACUGAAACAAAAGAUGCUUAGAAAAAGAGGAUCGCGGGCGUAUGCUUGUCAGUGCAGCUGGAGGUCCAUCCAGGAAUUAACGGAUCUAAGCAAAGACCAGCAGCUUCGAUGGGUGUGCAGCACACAUGCCGGAUGAGUGAACAGUCCUCAUUUAAUACAUUGUGAAGGAAUGGAUUGGUUUUGAAGUGGUUUUCCAGAAAAGUGUGUGAAACUGACAUGAAAUGUACACCAGCGACCUGAGCACAUAUCUGGCCGUACAGCAAGUACAGGCACAUGAAUAGUGUUCUAAAUAUUUGAGUGUGACAGUUAGUGAAUUACAUUUACAUGAAUACCAGCCAGCCUGCAGUUCAUGAUUGUCUUAGAAGUUGCCUUUGUGAAAAAGUGCUAUACAGGUGAACUAAAAACAGGCUGGUUAACUUUAUCCUUGUAAUUAGUCAUUCUCAUAUCCAUGUUGUUUGCUGAUGCGGAGCCAGUCAGUAGCUUUGCAGUGAUGCAUUUCCCACAAAAAAUUCCAGUAUCAGUAACAUUGGAAGGAAAAAAAAAAUGUAACUGUGCAGUAUUGCAGGAGAGUUUUAGGCUGAAAUUUUGACUGCAUAUGCAUUACCAUAUGUAGUCUGUACGUGUCUAGAUAUAUGCAUGUGUAUACUUGUCAACACAUGUAUGUAUGUGUGUGCACAUUUUUGAGUUUGUGUAUGUAUAUAGGGUCUGUAUGACUUUAUCAAGUUACAGUUCCAUCGAAGUGCAGUUCAUCAAGGGAGAAAAGAAAUCCUAAACCGUAUGAAACUCCAAACUGCACUGCUGCAAAGCAAGCAUGACCAAGGGUGUCCUAUGGGAGCAGAUCUGUGAGUCCUCCCUUCUCAGAGUGUGUGGUUUCAUUUUAAGUUGGUGUCAAUGCCCUGUAAUUCAAACU